AUGGGGCCUGGUAACCACAGCAGUGUGUCCGAGUUCCUCCUCCUGGGCCUCCCCGUCCCCCCGGAGCAGCAGGGCAUGUUCUUCGCCCUGUUCCUGGGCAUGUACCUGACCACGGUGCUGGGGAACCUGCUCAUCGUCCUGCUCGUCAGGCUGGACUCGCGCCUCCACACCCCCAUGUACUUCUUCCUCAGCCACCUGGCCCUCUCUGACAUCUCCUUUGCAUCCAUCACUGUCCCAAAGAUGCUGACGAACAUGCAGACUCAAUGCCGAUCUAUCAUGUAUUUGGGGUGCCUUUCGCAGGUGUAUUUCUGUAUAUUGUUUGGUUGCCUUGACAGUUUUCUCCUCGCUGUGAUGGCGUAUGACAGGUAUGUGGCCAUCUGUCACCCUCUCCACUACACCAGCAUCAUGAGGGACGAGGUGUGUAUCCUCCUUGUGGUUGGGUGCUGGCUCUCCUCCUGUGCCCAGGCCCUCCUGCACACCCUCCUUGUGAACCAGCUGUCCUUCUGUGCAGGGACGAUCAUUCCCCACUUCUUUUGUGAUCUUGCUGUUGUGCUCAAGUCCUCCUGCUCAGACACCUCCCUCAAUGAGCUGCUCAUCUUUGCUGAAGGUGGACUGGUCUUCAUCCUGCCAUUGAGUGGGAUCCUGGGCUCAUAUAUCCGCAUGGCAGCCAUCAUCCUGAAGGUCCCCUCCCUCAAAAGAAUCUCUAAAGCCUUGUCUACCUGUGGCUCUCACCUCUCUGUAGUGCUUUUAUACUAUGGGACAAUUGCAGGUGUUUACUACUUCCCCUCAUCAGCUGACUCCAAGGACAAGGACAUCAAUGCCUCUGUGAUGUACAUGGUGGUCACCCCCAUGCUGAACCCUUUCAUCUACAGCCUGAGGAAUAAUGAUAUGAAACGUGCUCUUCAGAAAAUAUUCAGAGCCAAGAACACCCCUUCAUGUCAUUAA